AUGCUCAAGGCGGUGUGCAUGCGCAUUAAAAAAUACCUCUCCGCCUCGUGUUUUAAUGGUUUGGGCGCGCCCGGCGCCCCGCGUGGCGCGCGCGCUCUGCUGCCGCCUAACGAGCUGAAAGAGCGCGCGCCGGAUUUCCAUAUUGUGAACAUUCCAUGCUGUAUUCUUCCACCACUACGAGCUGCCGGUGAUUCUCCAACAGGCGCAUUUGCAGCACCUCCUGUUUGCGCCAACCAGCAGCAACAGCAACAGCAGCAGCAGCAGCAGCAGCAGCAGCCGCCGGGGGGGGCGCCGGCGCGCGUGGCGGUAAUCGUGGCGGGCGGCCGCGCCAACGCCGCCGCCGCCGGCGGCCGCCGCCAGCGCCGCGCCAACGCUGCCGCCGCCGCGGCCGCUGCCGCCACCGUCGAGGGCCCGCCGCCGCCGCCCGCCGCCCCGGAGCCUCGCCCGACUCCCCGUCCGCCCCCGGGGACGCCGCCGCUUCCGACUCGACCGCCGACGCCGCGCCCGGCGACUCUGGCGCCGACGCGGGCCGCAAACCUCUCCCCGCCCCCGCCCUCACCUCACCCCCACCCCCGCCCCCGCCUCGUCGCCCGCCUCAUCUCUCGAAGCGCAAGUACUGACGCAAGUGCCGCCGCCUCCACCACCUCCACGACAGGCUGA